AUGUGGCCUCAAUUUGCUGUUUGUGAAGCACAAGGCCUGAUGGGCGAAAGGGCAGGUCGGAAGAACUCCAGGUUGGAUGGAGUGAAGAAGAAGAAGAAGACCGGAGCUGAGCAGCCUUCCGGUCAAAUUCGGAGCAGGUCCCGGGCCAUUCUCCCAGCGGCGGCAACUUUUAUAAUGAAUAAUAAUAAUAAUAAUAAAUUCUUCUCUCGUCGGAAAAAGCCCACGUGGAACAACGUCGAGCGAGAUUGGUCGGAUCAGACCAGAUCGGCCAGGGUUGUUGAACUCCCAACAACAACAACAACCACGACGACGACGACGACAUCAUCUUUAUCAGGGCUCAGACUCCUUCGCACAGUCCGCUGA